CUAGCGAUAGCUCUUGUUUUGCUGUUCAUCGUCAAGCUGAUUGGCGUGCUCCUGUUGACAUCGGCCCGAUACACCGGCAAUGGACGGCUGCCGGGAUGGAUUCUCCGGCGACUUCAUGGUGCUCCGGCCGGACAAGGGCGGCGUCCGCAGCCUCCUCCACCUGCUGCGCUGCAGCGACGUCGGCGCCAGCGACGCCGUUGACUGCGCCCCUGGCAAGGAGGUGGUCCUAGACCGGUGGCACCGGUGGAUCAUCUUCCUCUCCGUCGUGGCGCAGAUGCUGCUGCUGUGGGUGAAGACGCCCUUGGCCAAGCUCGGGAGCGCCGUCGAGUACUGGAUGAACCUCAUCACGCACAAUGGCGGCGGCGUGCUCAAGCUUAUCAGAAACGCCAUGCAAGGCCAAUUACGAAUUCCGCACAGAGAAUCCCCCAACUAUCGAUCGCUCAUUGGACUCAUCGACAUGAGAGUCGAACUGGACAAGAAGAUCAAGCCAGAGGAUGGCAGUUACCUCGCUGCUCUGGGCAUUAUGGCCUCCAAACUAGCCUACGAGAACGAGCUGGUCAUCAAGAAUGUCGUCGAAAACCAUUGGCACAUGAAAUUCCUCGAGUUCUUCAACUGCUGGAACGAAUUCCGAGGGGAUCAAGGCGAUUACACGACGCAGGCAUUCAUGUUCGCCGACAAACCGGUUGACGCGGACCUCGUCGUGGUGGCGUUCCGCGGCACGCAGCCGUUCGAGGCAGAGGAUUGGUGCACGGACGUGGACAUCUCGUGGUACGAGAUCCCUGAGGUGGGCAAGGUUCACGGCGGCUUCAUGAAGGCGCUCGGGCUGCAAAGGAAUCCCAUCGGCUGGCCAGCAAAGAUAGAAGCAACCAAGGAGAGGCCGUUUGCCUACUACGCUGUCCGCGACGCACUGAAGAAGUCCCUGGCGGCCAACCCGCGCGCCCGGUUUGCGGUGACCGGCCACAGCCUGGGCGGCGCGCUCGCCGUGCUGUUCCCGGCCAUCCUCGCCCUGCACGAUGAGCACGACCUGCUGGCAAGGCUCCACGGCGUGUACACGUACGGGCAGCCGCGCGUCGGGGACGCGCGGCUCGGGGAGUUCGUGGAGCGGCAGCUCGACACGCCGACCGCGAGGGGGAGGUACUUUCGGUUCGUCUACUGCAACGACAUCGUGCCGAGGGUGCCGUUCGACGGCCUCUUCAAGCACUUCGGCCAGUGCAUCUACUUUGACGGCUACUACAGGGCGCGGGCCAUGGAGGAGGAGCCCAACAAGAACUACUUCUCGCUCGCGUUCGUGGUGUCCAAGUACGUGAACGCGGCGUGGGAGCUCGCCCGGGGGCUCUUCAUCGGGCACGUGGACGGGGCAGAGUACGUGGAGGGGUGGACGAUGAGGGUCGCCCGAGCGGUCGGGCUCAUCAUCCCAGGCCUGCCGGCCCACGCGCCACAGGACUACGUGAAUGCCACCAGGCUCGGAGCCGCGUCGCUCGACCUGCUUCUCCGUGACCAUUAAUUGGUUAGGGCAUAUACAAUGGUUCUACGAAUGCCACAUACGAUAAAUAAUGAGAUGGAGAAAAGGAAAAUCAUAAGAAAAAGCUUGUCUUCUCUUAUUUAAAAGAAGACAAGAGAUGAUCUCUUAAGGCAUGUACAAUGGUUGAUAAGAUAGUCUUAUUUUAAUUCUUGCACGUAAUUUAGAGACAAAAAAUGUC